ACAAGGCAUGGUAGGGCACGGGAGGGAUUUGAUGAGAGGAACACAUUAAUCCCAAGCCCUGGUCGUGGCGGGACACGGGCGGGGCGUCACGGCCUCUCUUGCUGCAGCGGUGAACAUUUCUUCUCGCUAAAAGAUCUUCCAGCUUUGUCCUCCUCCUGUCUCGUCUCUGAAUAUAAGGAAGAAGAAAGGAUGGAAGGGGAAGGAGAGAAUGGAGAGGAGGGGCUGAGAGCAGCAGCUGCUGCAGCUGCAGCUGCAGCAGCAGCAGCAGGAGCCUGGACCACUACCUAUCAGACUGGGGAACUAAGCAAUGUAGUGCAUAUCAUUGUACCAGACCUCACCUGUAUCCCUCAAAACCAGCCCAAUGAUGCAUUGGCCACAGCCUUGAGUGAGGUGACAGCAGGUGGAGAGCUGGUGGGACAGGAUGAGGCAGGGAGUGGACAGGUGAAGGACCCACUCUCAGCCCUGGCGGCUGCUGCAGAGCUGGAUCAAGUGCGCAGUGAUGUUGCUGCAGUGGAACACAUGAUGGAGGAAACUAAGUACAGUCACCUGGCUGGAGAGCUUGGGGGUCCUGACCAGCACCAGCAGCACCAGAACCAGCGUGGUGUGUCAGUGAUGACUGAUGACCCAGACGGUCUUAGCUCUGGUGUGGUCGUGAAUCUGCAAAUGGAGGACAAGGUAGCCCCAAUGAUGCCCUUGCCUCUAGCAUCCUUCCUGAACCACACUGACCCUGAUGUCACAUUCUACAAUGAGGUAUACCAUUACCUGCGCUCCGGCAUCUUCCCAGAUGGAGCCACAGAGGCUGACAAGAAGGUUAUCAAGAAGCGUUCCACCAACUACAUGCUCAAUGAUGAAGGAAUGCUGUUGUAUGGCCAGAAGGUGCCCAAGGGUGUAAUAACUAGUGCUGAAGAGCAAAUGCGCAUCAUUGAAGCUGAGCACAUUGAUCACACCACUGGUGUGCACUUUGGGGUAAAGAAAAUGUACAACAGCAUCACCUCCAACUUUUACUGGCGCACUCUGUAUGUUGACAUCGGAAACUACUGCCGCCGCUGUGAGAAAUGCACUGAGGUCGCCAUGUCUGGGCAUCGUGAUGGCCUGGGACAGGAUGGCAUGGAGGACCCAGUGGAUGAGGAUGCCCAGAAAGUCACCACGCUGCCCACAGAUCGGGUCAUCAGAGUUUGGAAGAAGGUGCAGGUGAAGAUCUACGGCCCUUACAACAGGACGGUGUACGGCAACGAGGUACUUAUCACCAUUGUGGAUCCCUUCUCCAAGUGGAUCAUGGCCCACCCAAGCCCAGAGGCAGGGGUGGAGGUGCAGUGUGCCAACUUUAUUUUUGAUGCCUUCUGCCAGUUUGGCUUUGCUCAGUGCCAUGUAGUUGGAAUGAGCUCAGAAAUGUUUGAACAGAUGCAGGCAUGUUAUAAGGAGAAGUUUGACCGCUCUCAGGAUGUACUAAGAACCCUGGUACCCUUUGACUCUGAAGACGCCCAGAACAGUUUCCUCUUUACCUUGCAGGAAGAGUCCCGGGAGUGUGCAUGGGCAGGUGAAAUGUUGGAUAACUUCUGUGCUGAGAAUCCAACUGUGUGGGACCAGGAGGUGAAUCGUUUUCUCUUCCAGUUCCGCACAAUUGUCCCAUGUGCUGGCAGUGUGUCUCCCUUCAACCUGAUGUUUGCCCGCAACCCAACAGGUUAUGUCAGCAAAGAGGAAAAAGAGAAUAUUAAUAUCUUGGAAGAGGAAAAAGCAUUGGAGGUACCAUCUAAGAGAAGGCCAUUGCAGAGCUCCACUUUACAGUGCCGCCAUUGCCACGAGACCUUCACCAGCAAGAUCAGCUUUCGCAUCCACCAGAGGAAGCACACGGAAGAGGCACGUAAGCGGGGCACCAUGGAUGGGGAGGAGCCUCUGCGCCCCAUCCUGCAGGAGAAGAAGUCCCAACCACGGAAGAUUUCCACUCGCAAGAGAAGGCGGCCAUUUGGAAGAGGUCCUGAGCGUCUUUUAACACUUGCCUCCUGUGACUGGUCCGACCAGCAGAAAGAAAGUGUGCCAAAGGAUGACAACCGACAUCAACUGACCCAGAACACAGUAAUGGCAGUCAAGGCACUCCUCAAUGCCACCAAGGAUGAACGCAGCAAGCGUGGCAAGUACAUCAAGUACACUCCUGAGCUGAGGGAUGAGAUAGCGCAGUAUGCCCUUACUCAUGGCAACCACGAGGCAACCAUCCACUGGUCGCACCGGCUGGGCGGCACCGUCAGUGAAAGCACCAUCCGGAACUUUAUCAAAACUUACAAGAAGUUCACAGUGGAGGUAAAGGAAGAGAUUGGGAAAUUUGCAUUCCAGUAUGGGAUUGAUGAAGCCUCCAAGCACUUUUCAGAAAAGCUUGGCUUUGAGGUCAGGAAAGGAUUAGUUAGGAAAUUUAAAAAGAACUACUUGAAAAAGUUCCCAGACAUUGGUGAUAUGGGUGGAGAGCUGCCGGGUGGCACCAGCGCGAAGCGUGGUGUGAAUCUGCCCAGCACGUCAGCGCGGCAGAAGCGUUCAUACUCCAUGCAGAUGAAAGAUGAGAUUGGCCGCUAUGCCAUGCAGUACGGGAUCAAUGCCGCCAUCCAGCAUUACACAGAAAAGCUGCAGUUCACCGUCAAGGAAUCUACCGUGCGCAAAUUCAAGAAGCAGUAUGCUGACAGAGGCAAUGGUGAAAACAGCACCAUACCUGUGACAAGCAGUGGUAAUGAGAAUACUGGUGUGGUAGGUGGUGGUGGUGGUGGUGGUGGUGGUGGUGGAGGCACAGGUGGCGGUGGUGGCACCACUGUCCUCACAGACCACCAAGCUGCUGCCUCACAAACCAUCGACGUCCUUCAUCCAUCACUCUCAGUGCUGAAUGCUCCAGCGGUCUCAGGAGCUGUGAAUGUCAGCACUGCUAAUAACUUUGUAUACCAGCACCCUUACCACUUAAACAUGGCGCCAGGACCUCAAACCAACACAGUCCUUCCCAUGAACCACAACUCCAUUGCAUUCCAUCAGGGUGGCGUGAUUAACCAGGGCAUGACAGCCUCUCUGUCCUAUCAGCAGACAGGCACACCCCCUGGCCCCUCUGUCAUUAUGAACCAGAGCUUCACUCAUCAGGCUCCUACAGGAUUCCAGCAGGGCUAUGUAGGAGGAUUCCCUCAGGGGAGUGGUGCUGGAGGCUCAGUGCCUCAUGGUGGCCAAAUAGCACCCCUGGCCAUGACACAUGCAAGUGUUGCUGCCACCACCAUGGCCCACUCCCCUCUGCCCCUCACCAUGGCUGGGACACCAGCCACACACAUAUCACAGCUGAGCCACCAUGGUGUGGCUACCCCUGCCAGCCAGGCACACCUGGCUCAGGCCCCUGCUGCCCCUCAUACGGUGAGUGGUGGUGCACAGCACCCAACUCAUCAUCAGCUCAUCACCUCCUUCCACCAACCACUGGCUGGUUCACUGAGCUUUGAAGGCACUGCACUUCCAGCCCAUGGCCAGGCCAGUGUCAGUAGUGAACCUCUAAGCUUGAUGAAGGAGACACAUGAGCAGCAGGCAGUAGUGGCUCUGGGCCAGGGUGAUGACAGCCUUCAUGGGCAGGGCGCUGAUGGUGGGGCAAAUCACUCUGGUCUGGCUCACAUAGGAGGUGACCAGCCUGGCACAUCAGAGCAGCACGAGAUCCUUGGCAUGGAUUAUGAUGACGACUUCAGCGAUCCUCCGACCCCGAGAAAGAAGAAGGGGAAGGGCGGCCGCAUCAAGACCCGGAGCAGAAUCCUGGGGAUGAGCAAGCGGGGCCACUAUGCCUCAUACAGUCCCGAGCUGCGGGCUGAGAUAGGGAAGUAUGCCACCAAGCAUGGCAACUUAGCAGCUGUGCAGCACUUCAAGGAGCAGCUUGGCUUUGAGAUCCCAGAGAGCACUGUGCGUGGCCUGAAGGACAAGUACCUGAUUAAGCGUGCCCGAGGCAAGAAGGAGGUGGUGUCCAUAGGAUUUGCCCAGAGGGGCCGGCCCAUGCGCUUGGGGAAGUAUGAUGAGAUUGUCCAGGACUGCAUCCGACAGCUUGUCAAGGAUGGGGAGAAGGUUUCAUCAUUCCUGGCUAUUGCCACAGCCAAGCAGGUGUUGAUGCAGUAUGAGCCCACCCUGCUGGAGGAGCACGGUGGACCUGUCAGGCUCAACCCUACGUGGGCAAAGAGCUUCCUCAAACGUAUUGGACUGCAUCAGCUGGCAUAGUGCACCCAUGUCCAUGCUAGGCUGUUUGUUGUCUUGACCAGAAGAGUUCUGUUGUACAUACAGUAUUCUUGUAUAAAGUAAACAAAGUACAUUUUAUUGAAGUUAAAAUGUAUAUGUUACUUCAGAAACAGGUAAUGUACCAGAAGGCAGUGACUACCUCUUGCUACUUCUAUGAUUGAGGCAGCUAUUGUUACUACAACUACUACUUUACUACCUCCAGUGUGGGCAAUGUGGAGCUAAGGCAAACUGGCCAAUGGAUGUAUAUAUACUUUUUUUUAUCAACCACACCUGCUCAUCUGUUUAUUAUUAAUAAUGGUCUGCAAUCAGUGAGAAAUCUUGUACUGUUAUUUAAUACAAGUGGUUAAUC